AUGAACGUUCAGCCCACUUCUGCCAAGCUCACCGAGCUCUGCCUCAAGCUAUACGAUGCCCCUUUAUCGGAAAUAGCGAGCUGCUCAAUAUUGCAAGAUAUCGGUCUCGACAAGUCGCUGUUUCUCAAGUCGAUUCCUCAGCCGUCCGUGGCAUCACACCGACCCCUUCAUCUGCUAUAUACCACCCUGUCACAACAACAAGGACAAUGGCCCGUGUUUGACCUAAUCAAGUGUCACGCAAGGCUUGUCCAAUACUUGCCCGAGUCGAGCAAAAAUGGCUCCAACAAGGAGCAAGAAUGGCUCGUAGACGCAACUGGCAAGCUUGUCAAGGAGUCAUACAAGGCAUUCUCGGAUUUCCUCCACCACGAUCAACGCCCAGCACUGCGCGGCACGACUGCAGACACCUUCAUCACGCACAAGGGGCUUAGCGAUUUCGUACACAAGCUCCGCCUGCCAGUCGAACCUCAAAAAAAGAAGCCCACUGUUGCCGUGGCCCUACCCAACGGCCCACUGAUGGCCGCAACGUGCAUCGCAGUCACCAAUUACUAUACGCUGGCGCCCAUCAAUCCGGCUGCAGGCGCUGAGCAGUUCAGAUCCGAUGUGAAGCAGUCUGGGGCGAGCUUUGUCCUCACGACAACCGGAGAGUACACAAAAUUGGAAAUCGGGGAGUGGGCCGCAAAGGAUGGUGUCAAGGUGUUUGUGGUGGAAUGGGAUGGCCGCGACGGCAUCGAGCUGCAAACAACCUCCGGUCGACCACUCUCAUGCAAGGCAGCUCAUCGCAAGCCCAACCGGGCUGAUGACAUUGGCUUGGUCCUCUUCACCAGUGGUACAUCAGGCUCGAAAAAGGUUGUGCCUCUGAAGACGCACUCCAUUAUUGCCGGCAUUGUGUUCGUGAUGGAGUCAUGGGGACUCACCGACAAAGAUGUUUGCUUAAACAUGAUGCCGCUCUACCAUGUUGGUGGCCUGGUACGCAAUAUCUUUGCCCCAAUGUUCUCUGCAGGAGCCACUGUCUGUUGCUCAGCAUUUGACCCGAGCACAUUCUGGGAUGUAGCAGAGGAGCUCCAGCCAACCUGGUACUAUGCUUCGCCCUCUAUGCAUUCACUCAUCCUGGCCGAGGGGUCUUCAAGGCCGGAGGCUUUGAAGAAGAGUCGGAUCAGAUUGGCGUGCAACGCUGCUGGCGGCCUGUUGCCUUCGCUGGCAUGCCAGCUUCGUGACACAUUCAAGUGUGUCGUGCUGCCCAGUUAUGGCAUGACCGAGUGCAUGCCCAUUUCUACUCCACCUCUCAGCUACGUGCUCGACCGCGAAGGCACGUCAGGGAUCAGCACGGGCCCAGACCUCGCAAUCCUGGACUGGUCCGACAAGAUGGAGGCACCUGAAAAGGUUGGCAGAAUCUGUGUUCGCGGCGAGCCUGUAUUCCCCGGGUACCUGAGGCCAGAUGGCAGCCUGGAUAAGUCUCCUUUCAAUGCUUCAGGCUGGUUCGAUACUGGCGACCUGGGCUAUAUGGACCAGGAUGGAUACCUCUACAUCACAGGCCGAAGCAAGGAGGUCAUCAACAGGGGCGGUGAACUUAUCUCUCCUUUUGAAGUUGAGAAUGCCAUUAUGGCCGCUUCCAUGUCGCCGGACAGCCCCAUCAGUGGACGGAUCACUCAAUGUCUUGCCUUCUCUGCUAGUCACGGCGUCCUUCAGGAAGUUGUGGCUGUGGCACUCGUCACCCCCCCCAACACACCACGCGUCGACCUGAAGACACUGCAGCAGGCUUUGAAGGCAUCUCUUCAGCAGGCAAAAUGGCCUGUCCUCAUCACUUACAUGAACGACGUGCCCAAGAAGAACAACAAGGUGCUUCGUAUCAAAUUGGGUCAGAGGCUUGGUCUCCCUGAGCUUGACGAUGAGAUGCCCAUGUCCCGGCGUCACUGGGAAGCCAACUGUCCGCCAAUGGACACUGCCUUGACAGUGAACAUCCGUUCCUCUGUUUGUCGCCUUGACAUCCAGGCGGUUUCCGCAGCGCUGGAUGGACUUGUGCCCGCCGAGUUGCGCCACCACUACUCGACGACCUUCACUGCUGGCAAUAUCACCCUCUUCGUCGCCCCUCGCCGAUCGGGCCAACCGGAGGCGGAUCCAUCGCUGGCCGAUGAGCUCAAGACCAAUUUAGCUCGGCUCCUUCACAACUAUCUGGUUCCCGAUCAUGUCUACCUCAUGCCCCGCCCCUUUGAGACCGAUGCCGAUGGCGCCAUUGACCCAGUUUCCCUGCGCAAGAGGUUCAACGAGCUCCAGGCGGCCGCCAUGAAGCACCUGGAUGGCUCUACUGAAGGCCGGGUCACCAAGGUAUUCGCCGAGGUCUUGUCAUGCCAGCCUGACGACAUCGCCCACAACGUUGACUUCUUCGGCCUCGGAGGAGACUCGCUUCGUGCGGGAAAGCUGGUUUCGUUGUUGCGCAGCACGUUCAAGACCCCUAUUUCUAUCAGCCUGGUGUUCAGCCACGGGACUGUCAAGGCCAUUGCUGCGCACAUUGACGCAGCCAACUCUUCAGCAGCGGGCCCUGGCGAGGACAAGAUUUACGGUUGCACAGAAACCAGGAGCUCCCGCAACCCCUUCUUGAUGCUGUUGCAGCUCGUGCCCUUGGCUAUCAUCUACCCAAUGAGACGGGCUUGGCAGUGGACUGCGUUCAUCGUCUUCCUGACUUUCACCCAGACUUGGGCGACCAACUCGUCCGUUGUUGGACGGCUGCUCAACCUCGUAAUCUCCAUCCUCUUUGCGCGCGUCCUCAUACGGUGCAUUGCCCCUUGGGUGGGCAUUCUCGCCAAAUGGAUCAUCAUCGGUCGCUAUCGCCCAGGGCUCUAUCCCAUGUGGGGAUCAUACCAUACGCGCUGGUGGCUAGUCGAGAAGAUUGUGAGCAUCUGUGGCAAAGGCUUCUUCAGUGCUACUGAGGCGUCACAGAGAACAUACUGUCGUCUGAUGGGUGCGCGUAUCGGCAAGGGUGUCAAGCUCUCAGGUGUUUCCAUGGGUGAGUGGGACUUGAUCGACAUCCGCGAUGGUGCCACCUUGACACGCUGCAUGUGCCGGCCUUUCGCAGCGGAGGGCAACGCAUCCAUGUACUUGGGACGCAUCAUGGUGGGAGAGAACUGCUCCGUUGGCGUAUCGUCGAUCCUAGCCGCUGGCUCUGUCAUUCCUCCCAACACCUGCAUUGGCCCCAACUCAUCGAGCUGGGAGCUUGAUGACGCCGACGAAGUCAACCGUGGCCUCUCUGCCAAUGCGGGUCCAAAGCCCCAUUGGCCUCUCACUAUUCUCUUCACAGCCCCGAUCGGUCUUCUUGUUUGGUUCACCUCGCUACUCCCGUGGCUCGGUGGUCUGGUGGGCAUGGUCAUCAAACAACCGCUGGAUCACCACGCCCCUCUUCUUGCCAUUCUGGAUUGGUUCACCCAUCCUGAACGAGUCGGCUUUCACUACCUGGCGCUCGUACUGAGAACCCUGUUUGCGCCUUACAUUGUUUUCGGACUCACUGUUUUGAUCCGUCUCGCCCUGCAGCUCAUGUUUGGAGAGCUGAAACCUGGUCCCCGCGGUGUAGUUGACACUUGGCGAUCCGCUCUCAUCAAGACAUUGCUUCCUGUAUCGCGUCUUCACGCAAUGACGUCCAUGUUCGGUCAGCAUUAUGAAGCUACAUCUGUGGCGAUUCGUAUGCUUGGAGGCAAGGUCGGCCAGCGAGUGUACUGGCCUGGCACGGGACCUGGCAUUGGCGACUACCACCUCAUCGACAUUGGCAACGACGUGGUCUUCGGUUCCCGGUCUCACCUGGUCACCACAGACGCCUUCGGCUCCGAAAAGAUCACCAUUGGUGAUCGUGCGAUGAUUGCGGAUAGGGUCUGUCUACUCCCCGGUGUCGAGAUUGGGGAGCGCACAACCAUGGGCUCUGGAGCCAUGACCAGCCGAGGCAAGACCUACAAUUCCGAGGGUGUCUAUGUUGGCAACAAGGGUGGAGACGCUGUGUGUCUCUCGACGGGCAUCGACCAGAAGCUGUCUGAGAAGCCGUACAGGACCAUGCGCUCAUCGCGCAAUGGCAGUGAAGUGACCCUCACGGAAGCAGAGAAUGGUCAAAACUACGAUACCCGCUCACGCUUGCAACACAUGAGCAGCGACGACACGCUGGGGGACACUCGAGAGGCUGCUGCCAAUGGUAAAGUGAAGGAAACUUUCCACAGUGGCUCGCAGACACCCACAUCGCCCACGUUUGAGACUGACUUCCCUUCGGGAUCGUCAGACGACCAGGAAUCUGCCUCUCCAUUUGGAAGAGCCUUCUACAUGGGCCAGGCAUCUUAUCGCGUCUUUGGCCCGUUUUUCAUCUUCUGCUACUCCUCGUUCCUGACAGUCUUCACAGCCUUCUACUGGAACGUUCCCAACAUCUCCUCUAUUCAGAUUGUGGACGUAAUCAUUCAGCACUUUGUCCCCAAGGGCAUCAACAUGUGGUGGGACGUACUGGCACUCUUCCUUCUUACCUGGGUCGUCAUCGCCAUCCUCACUACACUGCAGGCAAUUCUGGCCCUGGCCAUUGUCAUCAGCGCCAAAUGGAUUCUACUCGGACGCAGGCAGCCAGGCAACUAUGACUGGGACAAGUCACCGUACUGCCAGCGUUGGCAGCUGUUCCUCAACAUCGAGAAGCUGCGACGCACAUGCUACCGUGGCCAUGGUAUCCUGGGCAUGCUCACCGGCACGCACUGGAUUGUCAUGUACUUCAAGAUGCUCGGAGCGGACAUUGGCGACGAUUGCGCACUGUUUGCCAACGGGAGGCCCAGCCUCAUGUUCACUGAACCGGACCUCAUCAAGCUGGGGAACCGUGUCGUCGUGGACGACGCAAGCGUUGUCGCUCACAUCAACACCCGAGGCAAGUUUGACCUGAACCGCCUCGAAAUUGGCGACAGGUGUGUCAUGCGCAGUGGGAGCCGCUUGCUCAGCGGUGCGGCCAUGAGAGACGACAGCUGCCUGCUUGAGCACACGCUCAUCAUGGGCGGUGAUGUGGUGGAAGAACGCUGGACUAUGCAGGGCUGGCCUGCGGAGAGAUAUACUGGAGAGAGGCUUGCGACCUCCUAG